GAAUUGUCCUCGCAGGCUCACGCAGUGCGACAAAAGCCGCCCGCAGCGCUUUUUAUAUGCGCACAUAAUUCAGAGCGUCGGCCAGUAACACCCGCUGCCAAAAGUUAAUGCCCAAAAGCGCCACCGCCACAAUGAUAACCAACAAUAAUUUGGAUUAUGACCAGGCCAGCGCCAGCAGCACAAUAAUAACAGGAGCUACAACGACCACCGCAGGCACAGUCGCCACAUCAUCGGUGGCCAUGAGCAACUGCGUCAGCAACAGCAACAGCAACAGCAAUGGCAGCACCAGCAGCAGCAGCAACUCCUCGCCCACGGCGGACAACUCCAAUUCAAAUUCCAAUUCCAAUUCCAACUCCAGUUCGAAUUCAAACGCAAAUAUAAAUCGGAAUUUGCAUCAGCACACCAACUCGAACUCGAAUUCAAAUUCGUAUUUCAAUCGAUUCGACAAUCGCAUAGCUGCCAACUUGGCGGCCGUUUUAACCGGCGCAGGUGCCCGUUUUCGAUCCUCAUCCUGCAGCAAUCGGCAGCCAGCUGGAGCGGCUAAUUCGGCCAUGUUGAGAUCACCAUUGGCCACCAUUAGCCGCAGGACCAGUCUGGCCACGCCCCCUUCGCCAGCGAGUCUAGGACGACGCCGCCCACUGCAACUCUUCACGCACGCGAAUCUCAAUUGCAAUGACAACGAGAAGGUGGCCCAAACACCGAGUUCUGAUGAGGACAACUCGCCCACCGAACUAAACAGCUGCAAGCGACUGGCAGACAAGCCUCCUUUGGUCAAGCGCUUGACAAUGGGCUUGCUGCGCCAGAACGAGGAGUCACGCCCACUGGUGGGCGACAUGACCCCCUUGAGCGCGCCCCUGGACAUCCAGCCGGUGUACUCGAAUGGCUACAUCAACGAGGACUCCUACAUCGACAGCAAGUUCGGUGACUCGUGCCGCCAAUCCUUGACAGCCAUCCCGAUGCUGGACAACGUCAACCUGAACGACAACAACGAGUUUAAUCUAAAGAAGCGUUAUCUGCGGGAAACGAGCAGCGCCAAUUCCAGUCCGAAAAUCUUUGCCAAUCGCCUGCGGAUGAACCAGGGUGCCAGUGGCCAGCGGUGCAGCAGUUUGGCCAACGCCUUCGGCAAUGUGGGAUGCGAGGAGGAGGACCUGGAGCUGAAGGAUGCCUGCUGGUACCAGGCGGGCAUUUCCAGGGACAUUGCCGUCGAGGUCCUGCAGAGCAAGAGCCCAGGUGCGUUUCUCGUGCGGAAGAGCAGCUCCAAGCCAGGAUGCUAUGCACUCACACUUCGCGUACCCUCGCCACCUGGGCCGAAAAUCGCCAACUACAUUAUCCUAAGAUCCCCAAGGGGCUACAAAAUCAAGGGCUUUCGCAAGGAGUUCUCCAGCCUGAAAGCACUGAUCACCCAUCACUCGGUGAUGCCCGAACUGCUGCCCGUCCCACUGGCCAUGCCCCGUCCCACCAAUAUGUCAUCCUCGCGGCGGAAUCUCGACGACUUUGAUACCUAUGACUCGCUGCAGAUGCUGCUGAAGUAUCUGCGUGCCAAGAACAUGGAGACGGAGCAGCAGCAGUAGCUAAUGGAGGAAAUCGAUCAACUGGUUGCGCAAAAUUACAUUUAAGUUAUGGUGCGUGCAAAAUAGUUUUGCUUGAAUCGAACCGAUACCGAGAAAAUGUGAUACUCUAUGAAAAAGAAAAACACAGACACUGCAAAUGAAACGCCUAGCUGAUAAAUGGUGAAAGUAUCUCUAGUUUAGUUUAGUUCGGGUUUUGGUUGUUCCCGCUUUUUUGGUUAAGUGUAUCCCAAAAAAUGCAUAGAAAAGUGCGUAAAGUAUUCAAUGGUUAUUCAAACAUUUGAGUGGAAAUUAUAAAUUGUCAUUGCCGAAUUUGAAUAAUUGUUAUAAAUAAAAAUUAACUUAUUCAAUUGGUCGGUCAGUCAGAAUGUUUACUUUUCAAUUUCCUUUGAGCACUUUCAACUGCAAGCCUAUAAAAAUAUUUAAAAAAAUUAUAUAAUAUUCCAAGUACGGAAAAGCUCUAUGUUAAAUGUUGUUGCUGCUUCCCACUGUUACGCAUAAAUAAAUAUAUACCAAAUUGAAAUGCAUAUUUAAAUGUAAGCAAAACAGACACGAACCAAAAAUGUAAAUAAUUCACUACCGUAACAUAAUUGAGUAAAUAAAGUUGUUUAAUUUAUAAUAAAAAAACCAAAAAAAAAGUAAGCGAGAAAAAAUAAAAAG